CCAGGACAAGUCAGCACACACAGAGCUUCAGGAUCCCCAAAAUGGCCAGUACUUUCACCAGAAUCCUGUCCUCAAGGAAAUCAGCUGGACUCCUGGCAAUGGUUGGAGCAGGUUCUGUAGCAGCUGGAUACCUAAUGACCAGAGAAGCAAUCAGUGCCGACACCAGCAAUAGGAGGCUUUACCCAGCAAGUGCAGAGUAUCCUGAUCUGCGCAAGCACAACAACUGUAUGGCAAGCAAUCUUACUCCUGCCAUCUACACCAAACUCUGCGACAAGAAGACACCUGCAGGUUUCACGGUGGACCAAUGCAUCCAGACUGGGGUGGAUAACCCAGGGCAUCCCUUUAUUAAGACAGUAGGGAUGGUAGCAGGAGAUGAAGAAUGCUAUGAGGUGUUUGCAGAUCUGUUUGACCCUGUUAUAAAGGAACGCCACAAUGGCUAUGACCCACGAACCAUGAAGCACCCCACAGACUUAGAUGCAAGCAAGAUCAAAGGUGGCUUCUUUGACGAACGCUAUGUGCUUUCCUCUCGUGUCCGUACUGGCCGAAGCAUCCGCGGUCUGAGCCUGCCCCCAGCUUGCACCCGAGCAGAGAGAAGGGAAGUGGAAAAGGUGACAGCAGAUGCCCUUAAUGGACUCCAGGGAGACUUAUCUGGACACUACUACAGCCUGACGCAAAUGACAGAAAAGCAACAGCAGCAGCUUAUUGAUGACCACUUCCUCUUUGACAAACCUGUAUCCCCAUUGCUGACAGCAGCUGGAAUGGCGCGGGACUGGCCUGAUGCUAGAGGAAUAUGGCACAACAAUGAGAAGACCUUCCUCAUCUGGAUUAAUGAAGAGGACCACACAAGGGUCAUCUCUAUGGAAAAGGGGGGAAAUAUGAAGAGGGUCUUUGAGCGGUUCUGUCGGGGCCUGAAGGAGGUUGAGAGACUGAUUCAAGAAAAAGGCUGGGAGUUCAUGUGGAAUGAGCGACUGGGUUAUAUCCUAACUUGUCCAUCCAACUUGGGCACAGGCCUGAGAGCCGGAGUGCACAUUAAACUACCUCUCCUGAGCAAGGAUGCUCGUUUUGCAAAGAUACUGGAAAACCUCCGUCUUCAGAAGAGAGGCACAGGAGGAGUUGACACUGCUGCUGUUGGAAGCACAUUCGAUAUCUCUAACUUGGAUCGUUUAGGAAAAUCUGAGGUGGAGCUGACGCAGAUGGUUAUUGAUGGAGUCAAUUACCUUAUUGACUGUGAGAAGCGUCUAGAGAAAGGGCAAGAUAUCCGCAUUCCUUCCCCCGUGGCCCAGUUCAAACACUAAUGUAAAGCCAUAAACUUUGACACCAAAUGCCAUGGCCCCUUUUCAGAAUGGAAGUGGGAUAAAUCAAAAUCACUGGAUAUGCCCCACUGGAUAUGGUGGGCAGCUUGCUAUACACAUGCGCCCUAAAUAUUGUACAGCAGUUGCAGCAUGGUGUGAAUAUCUAUAAAUACAUUAUUAUAUAUAAACAUUGUCCUGCUUCCAUUUCAAUAAACAACACUGCUGGCA